AUGCUCCUCAUCGCCGUUUUAACUACUCUCAUAUCGAUUUUAUUCGCCAUUACCAUCUGCUACCUCAACUUUCUUCUUUUGAUCUCAAUAUUCUGGCGCAAAAGAAUCCCUGUAAAUUUGCAUAUGAUGCUGACUUACUGCAGAUUCGGUGUGGACUUGGUUUAUACUAUAGUUCUGUUGAUUCUCAAAAUAUAUUAUAUGCUUACAAGGAUUUCUAAUGACUUUAUCAUCAAAAACUUAUACUUUUUACUUGUAUUUCCAGCUGCAUCAAUUGGGAAUAUAAGAUCAGUACUAACAUUUUUAAUAGCCCUCGAAAGAGUUAUUGCCAUAUAUUUUCCAAUUUUCUUCCACAUUUAUCGACAAAAACUUCCGAAUUUUGUAUUUUUACUCAUAAUCCUAUCCAGUGAACUUUUCAAUCAGUACAUGCUUUUUGGAUAUUGUGGAAAUGUUCUUGAAACACCACUAGAGUGUGUAAAUUACUUUUGUGCUGUUAACAGUUGUUACUACCGCUACUGGUUUUCACAUCAACAAAUAGUUUGCUUUUUGAAUGGAGCUUUCUCGGUCGUUUUAUUUCUUCGGCUUACUUUUUGGAGUUAUUUCUCGGGAACUGAAACGAAUAAGGAUAUUUCGAGAGCCACCCGCAUAGCUCUUCUCGACUUUUUCAUAAUGCUAUUCUUCAAUAUCAUUCCUUUGUACAUCUCUAGUCAUAUUACUGGUGUUAAUUUGGAGAUAUUGGGAUUGUUUAUUGUUCUUAUCAAGACAUUUGGAUUUUUGGUUGAAGGAUUGAUAACCUAUCGAUUUUUAUUUAAUUUGAAAAUUGACUCUGUCAAUGAGGCUACAGUAGUCUCGUAA